CCUACUAGGCCGCUUUCCAUAAAUCAACAGAAAAAUGAGGCCAAAGGUUGGGCGGCUGACACGGUUACAUAAUCGGUCCACAACAAGUUAGACGUGUGUGAGGACACAGCUCGAUGCCUCCUGUUGUGCAGUAUUAUGGAGGUCUCUGGCACGCUGAUUUUAGCGGGACUAAUCAUUGCUUUGCUGUGGCUGUUGAGCUUGAAGAGCCGCAGUCAGCUGUGUUUACCCCCGGGACCCCCAGGCCUGCCUGUCGUAGGGAAUCUGCCUCAGCUGGACAAAAGAGCUCCGUUCAAAUCUCUGCGAAAGCUCAGUGAAACCUAUGGCCCCGUGAUGACCGUGUACCUGGGCCAGCAGCGCACUGUGGUUCUGGUGGGGUAUGAUGCUGUGAAGGAGGCACUGCUGGACCAGGCAGAGGACUUCAGUGGCAGAGUUCCUCUUCCUUUCCUGAUCAGAGUCACCAAGGGCUAUGGUUUGGGAAUCAGCAAUGGAGAACGCUGGCGGCAGUUGCGACGUUUCACCCUCACAACCCUAAGAGACUUUGGAAUGGGACGGAAGGGGAUGGAAGAGUGGAUCCAGGAAGAGAGCAAGCAUCUGGUGGCCCACAUAAACAGUACCAAAGCUACACCUUUUAAUCCAACCUACUUCUUGAGCUGCACUGUGUCCAAUGUGAUCUGCUGCUUGGUGUUUGGUCAGCGCUUCAGCUAUGACGAUGAUCACUUCCUCCACCUUCUGCAGACAAUCUCAGAAGUCCUGAAAGUUAUCAGCAGUCCCUGGGGUCAGAUGUAUAAUAUCUUCCCUCGGCUGAUGGAAUGGGUGCCGGGUCGACAUCACAAUAUGUUUGCCAAAAUUGAAGAGGUGAGAGAGUUUAUCAUGAAAAAGAUCCAGGAACAUGAGGACACGCUGGACCCCAGCUCACCCAGAGAUUACAUCGACUGCUUCCUCAUGAGACUCGGUCAGGAAAAGCACAUUCCCACAACCGAGUUCCACUAUGACAACUUAGUGUCUACAGUGUUGAAUCUGUACCUGGCAGGAACAGAAUCCACCAGCUCCACCAUCAGAUUUGCAAUAACUGUGCUGAUCAAAUACCCCAAAAUACAGGAGAACAUGCAGCGGGAGAUUGAUGCUGUGAUUGGACAGGAGCGUUGUCCUUUUAUGGAGGACAGGAAGUCCCUCCCCUUUACAGAUGCAGUUCUCCAUGAAGUUCAGCGUCUAAUGGAUAUUACCCCCUUUAGCGUCCCUCACUACUCCCUCCAGGACAUCUCUUUCAGGGGUUACACAAUCCCUAAGGAUACAGUGAUUAUUCCCUUGUUGCACUCUGUGCUGAAAGAGGAAAAACAGUGGGAAACCCCAUGGUCCUUCAACCCACAGCACUUUCUGGACCAAAAUGGCAAUUUUAAGAAAAAUCCUGUGUUCCUGCCGUUUUCUGCAGGAAAGAGAUCCUGUGUCGGGGAGUCCCUCGCUCGCAUGGAGAUCUUCCUCUUCUUGGUGUCACUUUUGCAGCGUUUCACCUUCUCUUGCCCUGGAGGACCUGACGGUGUAGACCUCAGCCCUGAGUGCAGUGGCUUUGCCAAUGUGCCUCGCAGGUACGACAUCAUUGCCACGCCUCGGUGACGGCACGGCCCUCUGUUUUCAGCCUUUCAUCUGACCCUCAACCUCUGAAAAGUUGAUUAUUGGAUACCAAGGGACCUAAUUCCAAACAAUUUCAAACACAAAUAUUUCUUUCUCCUGUGCUUGUAACUUUGACAUAUGCCAUGACUUCACCAAAAUGGUCUUGUCUGACCACGUCCUCUUCGCGUUUACACAUAUUCUAUGUGCCAGUGCCUUAUUUUACAGUGUAAUAGUCACUUAAUACCUCGCUUCCUGUUUGUCAUUAUGCUGCUUCUCUUUUUUUUCUCACCCAGAAUACACAGUGCACAUACAUUUGACUGCAUGUACUUUUUCUGGGGUAGUUUGCUUUUGAAGAAAACUGCAUGAAUCACACUAUAUAUCAGUAUACAGUUAUCUUCAUGCUUAAUUUACUGAUGAAACAAGAAAUACCUCAUAUUUACUAAAAUUCCAUCAAUCGUCUUGAGACCAGCUGUAGGGCCUUAACCUGCAGGUUUACAGCCCUCAGCACAGUGAGGUAUAACAAGGAGUUGCGUCAGUAAUUUGAUAAGUUCAAGGUCAGGUGAUCAGUCAAGCGGUGUGUCAGGCUGUCAGUGUGUUGAUGCAUGUUCCAGUGUAUCACUGUCUUGUGUCUGAGCAACAGAGUGGACGUCCAUGUCAGACCUCGGGGAUCGUUGUCGAAGACUGGGGCUGCGAUUUGAUUAGAACCCAUCAAAUUACGUAGCGUAUCAGCCUUCAUGGCAGCUUGUAUUAGACCUUAGCAAGACUGAGUCAGGAAGUUACACAUCAGUUCCUUUUUAUAAUACAAAAUGAACAAUAUGUUUACUGAACCUAAAGCUAAAUGCAUUUAAUCAUCAUAUUUUUAUAAUGAAAUGUAUCUGAACAUAAAUACAACUGAAAUGGUGUUUUAUUGACUCGCUUGUUGAAUAGAUUAAUCCUACAGUAUUGUAUUACAUAGUCAAUGGCCAGUAUGAACCUGUGUGGGAAUCAGUUACUGCAGAAAACAAGAAAACUCCAGUAUCCAUGUCCAAGUGAUGAUGGCACACUGGUGAUUCUAAUCUAUAUUUUAUAUGAUCCUUAUAGAGGUGUUAAAAUGCAGCGCCCAUUGUGUUUGGUGCAAACAGUCUUCAGCACCGACCACAUGGAGUGUGCAUUCUUUGGUAAUCGUAGUGUGUUGCCUAACCUGCAACUGCCCUAACUAUUGUUUGUUAUGUAAAGAAUAUAAAAUAAUGAUGUCUGUGGACAAGUGAACGCGAUCACAGAAUUAAAAAUACUUUCUCACUCACA